UUAUAUCCAGAGCCACAAACCACAGAGUGACACCGAGAGGACAACAUCCAGACUACUAGGACAUGCCAGUGCGCUACAAGGACGUAGAGCUUCUUCCAGAAGAAGACCCAACACCCAACAAGAGUCCCACUGGAAACCAUUCAACUUCCCGAGGACUCACCAUGAACAGGUGGAUCCCCCAACCCUCCUCCGGCCUGAUCUGCUCUCUGUCGGCACUUUGCACCGGUCUCCUCUUCAUCAUCAUCAUCCUCAUCGUCACCAUCACACGUCAGGGGGUGGAUCAGACAGAGAAGAACAUGGAGGUGAAGCUGAGGAAUCUGAGUCUAGGAGUGGAUUCCAAAGUGGAGAAACUGUCCCAGAAUGAUUCCAGGAUGAUGGAGAAACUGACCAACAUCGAAACCUUUGUAAAGGGCAUGAGAGGUUCUUAUGCCAAUGACAUCCAGAGGGUUCUGGGAGCCGUGGCAAGACUGACGGAGGAGAUCCGGAAAGGGAACAACUCUACGGAUCUAUUGUGUGAUGUGGGCUGGAGGCAGUAUGCCUUCAGCUGUUACUAUUUAUCCCAGUAUAGGCGGACAUGGGAGAGCGCGAAGAAAGACUGCGAGACAAGGGGUGCUCAUUUGGUGGUCAUUAAUGGCGAGGACGAAAAUAGAUUUGUAGGUUCACUUUCUAAUUGGCAGACCUCGUGGAUCGGUCUCACAGACGUGGACGGAUCCUGGAAAUGGGUGGACGGGACUUCUUACGAUGAUACUCCAAAAUUCUGGAUGCCCGGUCAGCCUGAUGAAUGGAUCAAUCCCAUCCAUUCACAAGGGGAAGAUUGUGCUGAGCUGCACAGCUCCGGAGGCUGGAAUGACGGACAUUGUUCUCUGGAGCUUGUAUAUAUCUGUGAGAAGGAAUUGCAUUGACCUGAUGAACAGGAGGACAACCUGAUAUCUUCACCCCCUAAUCAUUCCUGAUCCUCGGCUACGCUAUAUUGAUGUAGAAUCUUGAAUGAUCCUGAGGGGCAUGCUGGGAUUUAUAGUUGUUGAUAGGAACAGCGUUUUGGAUUCUACAACCACAAUAGAGCAAUGAGGAGAUGGGUUCUUGCCGUUGUUUGAUGUUCAGCGACAGUUAGAUUUCACUUUCUAGACUUCAGAGAACAUACAGAAUGAAGAUGAACUCCUCGGGGGCGGGCACUUCCCUUAGUUUUCCUUUUGUUCUGUGUGGAUGAUCAGUAUUAAUAAAUCCCUGCAGAUAAUGACUCCUUGUGUACAUAAAGUUAAUAAAGUGUUAAUCUCUGUGAA